AUGGAGUCGGAACCAACGUAUACCGUUUUCAUCCGUCUCCCUUUCCCGAGAGGAGACUUUGUGGAUCCUCCACCUGUAAACUGGGACUCCGCCAAGGAUGAAGCUCUGUGGAACAUUCUCUCUGGUGUUUCCAAGGGGGAGAUUGACUGUACUGCCAUCGAGUUCGACGUAACUGUCGAUUUUCUUCUCCAACAAGUGACGUACCUCACAGAACGCCAUGCCGCCCAAGUCCGGGCACAAAUGCGGAAGCUCACGGCAGCCAAAGGAUCGGCCGCGCCGUCACCAGUCCCACCUUCCGACUUGGCUGCAAUUACCGCGUCCGACAUGAGGAGAACAGGGUCAGGAGCUGGCAUUUCUCUUGGACAGGCCCGAGCACCCUCAUCCCUCUCAAUCCGAAGAGAUGCUCAGGUCCCUAGGAGUGACCCUGCAUCGGUAGCUGGCUCAACAACCGCAGCCGGCAAGGCACCUUUUGUAAAACAACCCGCCACACGUACAUCUCCAGGCGGCACAGGUCCAGGUAGCGUGGGCCCGGCACCUCAGCGAAAGACAGGGGCGAACACGCCGCGGCAGUCCCUUGAUCCUCCGCGCAAGCGGCUUUCAUCGCUAGGCAUGCCAACCACUCCUACCGCUGCAACAAUGCGCACCGCCCGACAAUUUCAAGAUGAUGAAGAUACCGAAUCUCCGGGACCAGCGGACUCUAGCUCGGAAUCAUCGUCAGAAUCCUCAAGCCCUGCGCAGUCCCGGAUCAUCCGUCGACCGCCUCGUUUCUCGGCUCCAUCUGGUGGCGGCAAAACUGGCGACGGUCAGGAAUCACCAGAAGAUGAGGAUGUUGAGCCUGCAUUUCUACCCCAAGAGGCGAGAAGUGAGCAGUAUUCUGAUCCCGGGGCUACACUCCGAGGUGAACCUCACAGUUCAAGGCGGCCCGCCAGGAGCCAGUCGACGAAAGAUCGGAUUGGAUCCAUCACCCAGUCCAACACGUCAGACUCUUCCACGGGAUCCGCGGCUUUGAUAAACAAGUCACCUGCCCGUGAUGAGCGAUUCUAUCGCACACCUGUUAGUCCGAGGCGAACGGCCGAGCUCUCUGGGAGAGCAGGAUCUAAUGGUAAAGGAAAAGGGUACUCCAGAGAUGGAAGCGAUGGUGGAACGCCCAGCAUGGGCAGUAGCUUUAGUGACUUGGACGACGCCUCAGUUACUCAAUCAGCGCUUGAGGAGGCCUUGGCAAGCAACAUGCAGGAUGGAACUAUCGGAAGUAGGAUGAGUACGAUAGGCCAGGCCUUCAGGAGUCGCUACCUUCCUCAUACCACUCGAUCAACGGAUAAGAAGUAG